GAGGAGAGCGCGUCUCCCAACAACGAUCAAACUCGAUUUCUCGUAUCCUCGUGGUCACCAUCAAUUCUGCUUAUAGCCUUAAACGAACCUAUCGGGUCAUGUCAGUUCAGCAUGUAGUCGUCACAUACGCGACUCUCCACGCUUUUCGCGCUUCAGAAAGCUGGAUUCAUGUACAUGAUGCCCUCCGUUCACAACUACCUCUCCGCAACAUUCACUGGAAGUCUGCUUCCCGCCCAACUCUCAGGACAAUACAAGAACUGGGUGUCUCUUUGGUCCCCCUAGACUCUAUCCGUGACGAACUGACCUCACAGAUACCAGUUACCUUGCUCGAGAAACCCUUCUUAAAUCUCUACAUCGUCUUUUGUGAGGAUGUCGAAGCAUAUAGGACAACCGUAAAGAGGCAGAUCAAGGAUUGGCACAACUUAGUAAUCCAAAAGAAAAACCAGGAGUGGCUCAUACUACAUAUUGUGCGCCCCGAUGCCAGAACAACAGAUCGAAGUUUUUUCAACAUGAAAGGAUCCGUCUUGGACAAAAUAAAAGCAGAUUUCAAUGUCGAUAAGCGGGACAGAUGUGUUCAAAUCGCGUGGUCUACCGGACUAAAUAGUCCAGCAAUAUGGGCGGACCUCAUAAACAAAUUCAAGGAUGGGUUACUUUCCGCGUUUGACUCUGCAGUUUCCCAGAGAGAGGAUGAAGUCAAACGCUCUGAAAGUCAGAGGCACAUGCCAGGCUGGAACUUCUGCACCUUCUUUAUCCUCAAGGAAAGCCUCGCUACCUCGUUUGAAGGAGUUAAUUUAUAUGAAGACGCCUUAAUACAAUAUAACGAACUCGAAGCUUCAUUCCUUCAAGUUCUCAGAGAGAAAAAUCUGUCCUGGUUUGGCAGCCUCAUUCAUCCUGCCCCAAAGGAUGAUUCAUCACCUCUCCUUUCUGUCAUCAAAAAACCUUAUCGGGACCUUAUCCUUGCCAACACCAUCUCAAUCUUUGACUUCCGUAUAUAUCUUCUCGCACGCCAGUGUGCUCUGCUCAGUCAACUGCGGCAGCCAAUUGAAAUAUGCAAGAAGACUAUCAGUUUCCUGGAAACGGUUGGUAGGCGACUGCGGGAAGUAAAAGCCAUAUUGCCCGAGUAUUUCAUCGAAACAUGGGUAUUUUCGUCUGCUCUCAGUGUCGUAGAUCAAUGCGACGUGUGGGCGGCGGGCUGGAAAAUGGAAGGUUCCUUUUUGGCCCACUUCAAUGCCAAUAAAGGGGAGCUUGUAGACGUUGCAAAACGUCAACUCGACGUACUAGGUGUGGAAAUUGGUCAUUUGCCAUCAAAGCUCCCAUUUUCUUUGUCUCUGCCCAGUGUCCCGACACCUCCAACUUCAUCUGCUGAAAAACGUAAAUCCUCUCAACGAAUAAGCCAAAGCGACAUCAUCUCGGCUAUCGGCGACCGUGAACUGUUCUAUGAUCUGUACAUUACUACCUGUAACCGUGCAAUAGACUUGUACGCGAAAGCCGGGCGUCGAAAAUUCGCUCUCAAGUUACAUGGUGCUCUUGCAGCACUUGACGUUCAUCGUGAGCGUCUUUCGAAUGCUCUAACCAUCUUCGCGUCAUUGCCAGCGCACUACGCCCCUCAUAUGUGGUCUUCUCUCGAGUCUUUCAUGUUAUUCCGUGCGAUCGAGGUUCAUGCAGGGCUGGGUAAGCCACAUGAUCGAGAAUGGAUCCACAUCAUACUGUCUUUUCUCAAGACACAUGUAAAUGACACGAGUAAGGAGCUAUUGAUGCCUGAGGAUGACAUGAGAACAUAUGUAUCCCAGGUCGUUGGCGCUCUGAAGGCUGCUGCUUCUGAGCUUGAUACAGACCUGGCUCAUCCCGAUCAUCCCGCCAUAUCAAUGCGAGUCAUGAACGGCGCCAAGAAACUGGAGACAGAGGAUAGUUGUUCAUUAGAUAUCGUCAUCCAUAAUCAUCUACCAUGCGACAUACCUAUCGAUCAAGUAAGCGUAGUCUUGACUGGCCGUGAUGGGGAUCGUUUGUGUUUUAAAACCAAUAUGGAUCAACUAUCUCCAGGAAAGUCAAAGCUGACUUUAUUCUGCCCAACUUCGUCUUGGGGUACGUAUGUCCUUGAAAGUAGCGAAGUACAGAUGUCGCGCUUGCAGUUCCAAUGGAAUCGCAAAGUUACUGCAGACAAGGCACCAUCUUCGCGAUAUCGCAACAUUACAUUGGUGCGAAUACCUCAAGAUUCAUCUUCCUUGGAUAUUCGCAUUCAACAACCACGUCAAAUUGAGCUCGGAUCAACUUCGAAAAUCCUCCUGAAAAUAUUUACUGGUCGUAAUGAGGUAUCCAAGGCUUCAAUCAAACUUUCACCUCCUCCUGGGAUUCAGUUUAAAUUUUCGGAGGCUCUAUUGGAGAGUGAUGGCAUAGGAAAAUUAGAAAUUACGAAUGACUCGCUCACGCUUUUAGACGCUCCUAAAGAUUCAACUAUCGCUAUAUCAGUCCCUCACUCUGAUGCUUCAGCUUUUCAUGCCAUGAAAGUUGCAGUCGAAAUUAACUAUAUUACGACUCACGGUGUACCACUUAUGCGGACUCUCAGAGCAGCGAGAGUCGUCGCUGUCUCUUUGCCUAUCUCGGUUAACGUAGAGGAUUUUUUCCGUGGAAAAAGACUAUUCUCAAAAUUCACGGUCAGUACAACCACCCAUCAGCACGUCCGGAUACGCUCCGCACAGCUAGUGAAUCCAGAAGGAGAACUUGAAAGCGUAAAGAUCGCAGGAUGUCGUCCUGGUCCACAACUCGUCACGGUCACUCCCGCCAUUCCCGCCAACUUCCUCUUUUCUAUGGAAUCUUCCAAUGGCCCAGUGCGGGAGGCACUAAAUCUCGUCAUCAGAUAUAGACUACUACGAGAAGAGGUCGAGUCUCUAAUUCACAACUCUAUCGAGGCAGUUAUCCCAGAUUACUCAAAGCUGCAGGCAAACCGACAUCUACUUAUCAAAAAGCUGGUGGCGAUGUUGGAGGGCAAUUCUAGCUGGGUUGAAUUGUACAGUCUGACGGGCGAACUUAAGUUGCCUCCUCGAGCUGACCCAGAUAUUGAAUUCGAAGAAGCAAUCAUUUCCGUAGACAAGGUAUUGUCGCAGAUUCGACCGUCGGAUUUACCGGAUUCUUCAUGGAGUGAAAUCAUAAUUCCCGUUGAUAUGCCAGUAAUGAAUAUUGUUGUCGCUGUCCAAUUGCGUGUUCUGUCGACGCCCUUCUGUACGAAGGCGCAGAACGAUAGUUUUCUUCCAGUAUAUGCGGGGCAGCCGAUAUCGGCGACGCUGACAAUAAAAGCAUCAUUCCACUGGGGUGAUGCCGAUACAAAGCCACAAAGCUACACAAUGCGAUUUGACGUCGAAGAAACGUUGAGGGAUUGGCUAAUAUGCGGAAGGAAACGUGGUGACCUAUCAGUUCAAGAUGGAGAGACCUAUAGCAUACCGGUAACGUUAAUCGCACUGCGCCAUGGCGAGCUGGCUUUACCUAAAGUUGCUGUUCGGCCUCUUCCCCUGGUUGGAGACAGUGGUUUGUCAACCUCCCUCCCCAGCACAGACACGUACCAACUACAUGGUGCUGAGACGAUUCUCGUACUUCCAAGAGGAGGAAGAAGCACAUUCGUAGUAGAUAUGGGUGGGGAGAAUUGAUGAAAGUUUCACAUUACACAAC